GUGACCCCACCCCGGGGCGGGGGCUGUCGUGGAGCUGGAGCGGGACAUUCCCCGUGGUGCCCUCCAGCGACAAGCAGAGAGGUUGUCCCACCUCCUGCCCUGCCGUGGUGACAGCCUCCGGGAGGUCCCCGUUGUCGCGGUUACCAGGAGAUAGAGUCGCGUUCCACGGGCACAUUCCGCAGCUUCCGUGCCUGCCGGGAAGGGCCCGCAGCUCCAGUGCAGCUCCAGCCAUGGCGUAGGGCCGUGCCUCGGGCCAUUCCCGGCGCCAGGGGCCCGUUCCCAGAGCCAGGAUGCCGUCCCAGCCGCAGGACUCGCCCGCCGCGGGAUUGGGGACGGGCUUCCCCAUGGUGAAGGGCUCCCCCUCCGAGCUCAUGGGCUUCUACGUCACCAGCUACGAGGCGGCCUUUGGCAAGAGGCCCAGGGGGUCACCCCCAAAGGUGCAGGAGGGGCGAGUUUUGGCCAUUGAGCUCCCCAGCGACAGGAGCAUCCACCCCCUCCUCGGCGUCCACACCGGCUCGGGAUACGUCGUCAACAACUACUCAGAGCUCAGAUCCCUGCUCUGCCCGCACGUGGAGCGCCAGGACACCGACAUUUCCACCACCGCCGAGGACUUCAAGGUGUUUGGGCGCCCGGAGUACCAAAGGAUGCUGCCCGAGCACGUGGAUGAUCCGCAGUGUCAGUAUCCCACUGGCUUCUCCUUCUCCCGCCUCCGCUUCGGGGAGGUGAGAGCCCCAAAUACAUCUGGGGAAUACGGCAUCCAGAGGUACUGCGCCACUCCUGCCCAGCCAGAUGUCCCACCGAGGGCGAUGGAGCUGUCGGGCGGCACCGAGACUGCCCCGGGGAGUGACCUCACCGUGCCAGAGCAGCCUCUUGGUGUCGGUGACGGUCGGAUGGAUUCCUUUCCUGCCACGUGCAGCACUUACCAGCCUGCCAUGGGCUACCCGGCCCCCUUCGCCCCCCCGGAGCUCCAGGUGGGACCCAAGGGUGUCACAGCCGAGAAGGUGGGUGCAGCCAUGUCCCCUGUCCCAUCCCUUUUCCCAAGGAACCACGCUCCCAACUCACUGCAUCCCUCAGAAGCCGCUGGGGUAUGGCAGUAUCCAGAACCAGUACCUGAUCGAGCACUCACAGAUGGCCCCUGUAGCACCAGGCUGGUGGGCACAGACCCCAAUCACGUGGGCCCCGAGAUCUGUGGAGGGCAUCCAGAUCCCGAGUCCCAGUGGCUUCAGCACCAACAACCGCCCCACCAGUCUGUGGCGCAUCGAUGACCCCCUGACGUGACCCCCCCAAAAGUGCUGCUGCAUCCUGGGAAUCCCAUCCUCGGCCUUUCCCAAAUCCCCGUAGGAGGAAUAAAGACCCUGCACGAUG